AUGUCGUCAUGCUUGAAUGAUAAGAAACAGCCAAGUGUUCGGAAAAACCUGAGGUCUUUGUUGUAUUCUGUAGCUGCACAACUCACCAGUGACGACCUCCACAGCCUACUGUUUCUUACAGCUGGGAUCAUUAAUUCCAAGCAAGACAAGGAGAGGAUAAGAUCAGCUGGAUCAACUCUCGACUUAUUUGAAAUUCUAAUGGAGAGGGAUGCUUUGAACGACCAGAAUGUCAAUUUGCUUUUCGAUCUGUUGUCAAAAAUUAGAAGGUUCGAUGUGGCGAAGAAGGCGAGGGACAAAUGGGAUGAAAUAAAAACUCAGUUGCAUCCUGAUGAUCCGGACCCAUGUCAUAACGGACCCGAUCCCUCCCGAACCCAACACCAUUCCCAAUCUGUCAGGGAGCUCAAUCACAGGGGCAUUGUCAAGAGAAGGAAACGGUAUUUUGAAGGACGUCCAAGUCAACGUCAAGAUUACAGGGGGCAGCAUCCGACGGCAAUGAUUGAUUGGGCGGACAAGGAAGUCCAGAAACUAUUGCAAGAACCAUUUCGACCACGAUCCAGGCCUAUCACCAGAGACUAUCAUAUUCUCCGGCACACCAGCUACAAAAAUGCCAUGAGGGAUUUUCUGACUCAAAGCAUCGCCGCUGGAUCAUACUAUUGUCCUAUGGACAUGGUGGACCAUAAAAACCUCUUCAAUUAUGACGGGAUUGAAGCUGAAAACCUCAAUCAUUGCAGCACUUGAUCUGUUCUUCUCAAUCAGAACAAUUUGUGUGUGAGGGCUUGAUAACAUGACGUUACUAACAUUUUGAUCACGCUUGUCACUAUCUCAAGAAAAUAUACAUUAUAAUAUAUAAAAAUACUACGUGGAAUAGCGAUUUCUCCUAGGGAUAACUUUGCUAAAGAUGCAAUUAGAUUUAACUGAUGAUCUGAACUGUUUCAACUUUAUCUGCAGAGCCCCAAUUCUAG